AUGAAAAGAUCAUUCUAUCACAUUCUACCUUCUCGUACCGCAAACCCUUCACCGCCGGACACCAUGGGUGAUUCCUUCGACUUAUUCAAGCUGGAACCUUCAAGCCCUUAUUAUCUUAGUAAUUCGGAUAAUCUAGGUUUGGUAAUUGUGCAGAAGCCCUUGAAUGGAGAUAACAAUGCGACAUGGUGUAGAUUCCUAACAGUUUCAUGGAACACCAAGAAUAAAUUGAGUUUUGUUCCUGGUCAUAGAAUCACGAAUUGGACAAUGGUAACCAGUAAAGACUGGUACACAUAUGUCUGCUCAAUUGGGAGAAUGGCUAGUCUCAAGUCAUUCGUGUAG